AUGUCCUCUACUACUAAACUCAAAACGAGGACGACGAGAAAAGAUGCAAACGAGAAGAACGAGAACAAAAUUUCGUCGCAUUCGCGUUUGUUCCUCGUACUCUUAACCUUUCGCGUUUCCUCUGCGUUUCACAAUCUCAUCCACGAUUGCGACGAGACCUUCCAAACCAUCGAACCGGUACAUUUCCUCCUGUGCGAUAUCGGUCUGCAAUCGUGGGAGCUUUCCGGAAAAUACAAGUUGCGAUCGUAUUUGUACGUCUUGUUACACGCGUGGAUUGGAUUACCCGCUCGGUUUUUACUCGGCUGCGGUGGUGGCAAGGAGGUUGCGUUUUACGCGAUUCGCGUGCUGUUGGCGAUAUUGAGCGCACGAGGCGACUGUUUUCUCGUCGAGGAGUGUUUGAAGAUUGAACCGAAAAUCGGAGCGACGGUACUUUUAGUGCUCAGUUUUGCCACCGGAGCGUACGUCUCAUCGACGGCGAUGUUGCCGAACAGUUUUGCCAUGAUGUGCGUGACUCGAGCGGUGGCGAGUUCAAUCGAGUACGCGAACUUUCGAGCGACGCGAGACGAGUUCGGGGAGUGCAUCGCGAAGGAGGAGGUGAAGAAGAAGAAGAAAAAAGAGAAGGUUUCAGACGACGAGGAAGAGGAUGGCGACGAUGUCGUCGUCGAGGAAACGUUGGUGAUUGAGUCGAGGGCGAUGGAGAGGGCGUGCAUGUGGUGCGUCGUUGGCGUUUUACUCGGAUGGCCCUUCGCGGGUGUAGCGUGCGUGCCGAUUGGCGCGUUGUCGAUGUGGAUGGUGAGCGCGUGGAGGACGGCGAAAGCGAUCGUUUUACCGGCAGUGGUGUUAUUUUGUUUGUCCACUUUGUGCGAUACGUUCUUUUACGGUGGUUUCUCGAACGGAAUACUCAAAACGGAAUGGACGAGUUCGUUAGUGAACAUCGUGAAGUACAACGUUCGAGGUUCCGGAGGCUCCGAGCUGUACGGGACGGAGAAUUGGUCGUUUUAUUUGCGGAAUUUAGCGUUGCAUUUCAACGUCGCGUUUCCGUUGGCGUUCGUGGCGCCGAUAAUGGCGUUGUUUUCGCACGCGUUUCAACGUAUUUUAGAGGCGAAGCAGAAGAAAACAAAGGCUUCUUCUUCCACGAGUAAAAGAAGGAAAGUGCCUUGGUUGGCGCUCUUAUUUUGCGCGUUGCCAUUUCACGUCGCGUUGGUAUUUUUCUCUUUGAUGCCGCAUAAAGAGGAACGGUUUUUGUACAUCGUCUACGGUCCUUUAGCGUUAUCGACUGGUAUAACUGUUGCUGCGAUAUUCGAUACGUUCAAAACCUUUUCACGCGUCAUUAAGCGCGCUAAAAUUGGGCAGUUUAUUAAAUCGUCGCAACGAGCGUUUUCGCUCCUCGGGGCUUUACUCGGCGUUUUAUCGUUGAUGUUGUUCAUAGUGCUAUCGGCAUCGAGGACUUUUGCAUUAAUUACGUAUUAUGGUGCGCCGAUUGAAGUAUACGCCUCGUUACCUGUGAACCCUUUAGAGUGGCUCCCGGAUAAAAGGCCAAGCGACGAUAUUAACGUAUGCGUCGGCGACGAGUGGUACCGAUUUCCUUCGCAUUUUCAUUUACCGAAUGAAAAGUACCGAAUACGGUUCAUUAAAGGCGCAUUUAACGGCGCACUACCGAUGUAUUUCGAAAGUGCCGCCGGCAAAGGUACCGCGGGUGCACCCGUAGGUUUGAACGAUAAGAAUCAAGCGCAUGUAAACCAGUGGUUCUUUCCAAACGCGUCUUCGCCGUGCGAUUUCCUCGUCGAAACCGACGAAACAAACGACAGUCAAAAAUAUUUCAAAGCAGAGCCAAACGAUUACGGUUGGGAUGUGGUCAGAAGUUUACCGUUUCUUGAUAACUCAAAAUCGACCGAUUUCCUCGCGCGAACGUUAUACAUCCCUGUGUAUUCAGAGAAACAUAACGUGUUUACGAAAUACUAUUUGAAAGUACGCACGAAAAACAUCGCGUCGGGGAAGUCGCUGUAUUAG